AUGAGAAAGCAUCGAAGACAGUCCUCAUUUUUCACGCUGAGUAGAUUCUCGCUGAAGAAUAAACCCUUAUUAGGAAAGUGGUUAAAUGCUGUGAAAAGAAAGGGGCUUUCCCCCACAGAUUACCAUCGAUUGUGGUCUGAUCAUUUCACUCCAAGUGAUUAUUGGAUUGGGGGUAAAAGGAGAAAUUUAAAACCUAAUGCUGUACCUUCUGUUUUUAAAAUUCCUAAACAUUUACAGUAUGCUGAAAAUAAAGUUUACCUCAAUAUAGGGUGA